AUGGCACCCAAUAAAAGACCAAGAUUCCCUGCGUUCUCAAGAGUUGAUAAAGGUAAAGAACCACUCGUUGGUUCAUGUCCAUCCUCUGAUGACGACGAGACACAAGAUCCUAAUGCUGAAUCUCCAUACAGACCUGCAUUUGAAGAGAAUGAUACUCUGUCUCAUUCACAAUUUGAAAAAGGAUUUACUAUGCCCCCCCCUCCACCGGGUUGGUACAUGGGAUGGGAGGAUGCGUCACAACGUAUUGGGUCCACCACCGUCGUACCCAUUCCAGAGCGAAGUGAAAACCAACUGCCAUCACCUUCCACCGGUGACCUACAUGCAUCUUUACGCACAUCCACACCUGGUCUAGACACGGAACGGCCACAACCACAGGUCGUUGGGCCGGGAGAGGUCCGCACUAUUGAUAGCGAUGGUAGAGUGAAUGUCAGGCCAAUGCCUUCGCCUGCUAAUGUUUGGCAGUUGCCACGAGGUGAAAGGGUAGUGAUUGAAUUUAAUGAAGGAUGUCAGCCGGUUGGCCCUGGCAGUGAAAAAUUGAGAAGCCUUGGGGGGAAGCUGAUCAGAAGCAGUCAAUUUAGCGAGUUAGAAACACAUAAUUGGAGGAGGGUAUCAACUCAAAAGAAGGAAGAUAUUUGGGCUACUCUAAUGUCAAAAUUCCAUGUUGAGACUAGUCAACAACUGAGUGAAAUUAAAAGGAUCACAUUCAUGGACCUGGGGAAAAAGAGGAAGGAUUAUAGGUAUGGGAUCAAGCAUUCACUACAAAUUAAGGAGGGUGAGACAGUUGAAGAAAUCCUUGAAUCGACGCCUACCAACCACGGGCUCCCUCCUGAAACUCUGGAAGUAAUGGUUCGGAGAUGGAAAAGUGAACUUGAUAAGGAAAGGGCCAAUGUAAACAAAGAAAGCCGGGCCUUGCAGAAAUUUCACCACACCUCUGGGUCAAAAAGCUUUGCACGUCUUGCAUAUCAAAUGGAAAAAGAGUCAGGGUAUACCCCGAAUCGUAGCCAACUUUUUAUGGUGACUCACAAAAAGAAGGACGGCAACCCUGUCAAUGAAGAGGCUGCGAGGAUGAUGGCCCAAAUGGAGGAAUUAAUGUCGCGAGAUGCUCCGACAAGUGGGGUACGUGCGAAUGGGUCAAUAUCAUGGUCACCCGACGACCCAUAUGCACAAGUAAUGGGCUCGGAACGGCCUGGCCAUGUCCGUGGAGUUGGCUUCGGGCGUACUUCUGGUAGAGCAAGGUUCAAUUUUAAUGGGGCAUCUACAUCUAACAAUCAUGAAGGUUGUGCAAGUCAGAUUAGUAGGUUGGAAACAACCGUGGAUCAGAUGCGAAACAUGAUUGAUUUGCUUAUGCGGGAAAAGGAUGUUCCAUGGGCAGCGCGUGUCGGCAAUGCCGCAAACAUUCCAGGUGAUGAAGACCCUAUUGUUCGAAAUGCGGAUGUCGUGCAAGCGAGAGAUGAUGGUGGGGAAGAGGACAGCAGGACACCGGGAAAUGGAUGCUAAAGGAACUUUGUAGCGAGGUAGCUGUGAAGUUGGUGGCUGUGAAGUUAUCUGAGUAUUGGGAGAUGCUGAAAUGCUGCUGGCCGUUCGUCUUAGACAGAAUGUGAAAGUUGUAUGCUAUUCACAUUUAAUUAUGGACGAUGCGUUUUUUUUUUGUUUUUUUUUUUUUGGUAAGAG